AUGGUCUACGUGCGCCAGGACCGCCUCCCGGCGCUCAAGGAGUACAAGUACUCCGGAGUCGACCACUCCUUGACGUCAAAGUACAUCCUGAAGCCCUUCUACACGAACGUGGUGAUCAAGAUGUUCCCCAUGAGCAUGGCGCCGAACCUGAUUACCCUGACGGGCUUCAUGUUUGUUGUCGCCAAUCUUCUGACGCUCCUCUGGUACAACCCGACGCUUGACCAGGACUGCCCCAGCUGGGUGUACUACUCGUGGGCCGCGGGCUUGUUCCUCUACCAGACCUUUGACGCGGUGGAUGGAUCUCAGGCUCGCCGAACUCACCAGUCGGGCCCGCUGGGCGAGCUCUUUGACCACGGCGUCGACGCCCUCAACACGUCCCUCGAAGUCCUCAUCUUCGCCGCCUCGCAGAACAUGGGCCAGGGCUGGAUGACUGUUGGCAUCCUCUUCUCCUCCCUCCUCACCUUCUACGUCCAGACCUGGGACGAAUACCACACCAAGACGCUGACCCUCGGCAUCGUCAACGGCCCCGUCGAAGGCGUCCUCAUCCUCGUCGGCGUCUACGCCCUCACCGGCUACCUCGGCGGCGCCUCCUUCUGGCAGCAGUCCAUGCUGCGCACCCUCGGCGUCCCCGCCUCGCCCUCCAUCCCCGCCGCCCUCUACGACCUCUCCUUCACCCAGUGGUACAUGGUCCAAGGCGCCCUCGUCCUCGUCUUCAACACCGUCGAGUCCGCCCGCAACGUGAUUCGCGCCCGCCGCGCCCGCGGCGACCGCUCCCGCGGCGCGCUCCUCGGCCUCCUCCCCUUCUUCGGCAUCUGGGCCCUCGUCGUCGCCUACCUCGCCCUGCAUCCGACCAUCCUGCACUCCCACCUCGUCCCCUUCGUCAUGUUCGCCGGCGUCGUCAACGCCUACUCCGUCGGCCAGAUGAUCACCGCCCACCUCGUCAAGCUCGACUUCCCCUACUGGAACGUGCUCGGCCUGCCGCUCGCCUUCGGCGUCGGCGACGCCCUCGGCCCCCUGCUGCAGGAGCGCACCGGCUUCGGAUGGCCCAGCGCCCUCGGCGACGACGUCUACCAGGUCGCCUUCAUGUUCCUCAUGCUCGGCAUGGCCGUCGGCGUGUACGGCAGCUUCGUGGUGGACGUCAUCGUCACCAUCUGCGACUACCUCGACAUCUGGUGUCUCACGAUCAAGCACCCGUGGGUCGAGGGGCAGGAGGCCAACGGCGAUGCGAAGGGCAAGAAGGUGCAGUAA